AUGUUGAUCUCAAGAAAGGAAGAAAAAGUAGAAGACAGUAUAAAACCUCCAAGACAGCCAGAAGGAGAGAAAGAUAGUAGCAUACAAAUGCCAGGGUUGCCUAUGAGGUUUUCGUACGAGGAACUCCGUGUGGCACCAAGCAAUUUUGAGGAGAAGCUAGGUGGUGGAGGAUUUGGGAGUGUGUUUAAGGGAAGGUUACAGGAUGGAACCUCCGUUGCUGUUAAGCAUUUGGAGAAACCAAGUCUGGAUAUGAAGGGAUUCUUGGCUGAAGUCAAAACAAUUGGAAGCAUCCAUCAUUUCAAUCUCGUGAAAUUGAUAGGAUAUUGCAAGGACAAAUCUCACCAGCUUCGGAUCCGCAAGAGGAUAGCAAUUGAUGUAGCAAAAGGAUUAGCUUAUUUACAUGAAGAAUGUUCCCAGAAAGUCGUCCACCUUGAUGUAAAACCACAAAAGCUCCUGCUGGAUGAAAACUUCAACGGCAAAGUCUCUGAUUUCGGGCUGUCUAAGCUCAUAGACAGAGACAAGAGCCAAGUUGUCACAACCAUCAAAGGAAAUCCAGGAUACAUUGCUCCAGAACGGCGAUUCACGAAGAUCACAGAAAAAGUUGAUAUCUACAGUUUUGGGAUUGCCCUCCUUGAAAUAAUUAGUGGAAGGAGAAAUGUUGAUAAUCACUCGGAAUCUUGCUCGCAUCCGUUCAAUCUCUUGCAGUGGAAGUCUAAAGAAAACAAGUUACUUGACAUUGUGAGAAAUUUUGACCAGGACAUGAAGAAUAAUGCAGAGGAAGUGGAGAGGAUGAUAAGAAUCGCAGCUCGGUGCCUGCAAGAUGAUCAUACAAGAAGGCCUUGCAUGUCCACAGUAGUGAAUGUCUUGGAAGGAGCAAUGGAAGUGGAGUUAAAACAUCAGCUUCAACUUCAUACAUGCGUUGGCAGAUCAUGUUGUGAACAUUGA